GUUCUUCCGUUUUCCCGUCAUGCCGUGGUUCUGAAACAUGGCCGACAGGUUUGAUAACAACAUUGAAGUCACCGCUGUUAACUAGCCGGUUUCUGCACCUGUAGGUUCAUAAAUAAAUAAUUGUAGGCGUUGAAGAGGAUUCUUCACAAUGCCGAAAUAUUACGAAGAUAAAGAGGAAGACCACAGAGCCUGCGCCGGCCUGAGAGAAGACUUCAAGGCAUGUCUCCUUCAGCACGACUGCGUAGUAAAGGAGGGAAAACUGCCCAGUCAGUGUUUGAAGGAAGGCCACUGCAAAGCCCUGCAGACAUCGUUCUUUGAGUGCAAGAGGUCAAUGCUGGACACAAGGUCAAGAUUCAGAGGAAGGAAAGGAUUUUGAGGAAUCAACAUGGCUGCCAUAUCUUGGAUGAGAAACUGUAUAUACUACUUAUGAUUUCAAAGAACAACGCUCACAGGUGUCUGUGCAGUUUCACAUUCUCCUGUGAAGGACACGUGUCAAGAAAUUAGGUAGUAAAGGACUACCAGAUAUUAAAGAACAAUGCACGGUGACGCACAAAAAAAA